UGCGCAAACCGAGCUGUAAACAAUGCGACCCUUCCCAGACCGUCCGCUUGAUUCACACUCAUAUAAACGUUUAAGAAAUCACACAUGCACGUUUGCGCUUUCACAUCACGCACGGAAUCACUGUUCAGCUGAUAGAUGGUAGCCAAAGUAGCAGAAGCAUGGACGCGGUCCUGAGCCGGCUGAAGGGUCUCACUGCUGACGAGUUGAGGGAGGAGAUCAUUAAAGCCAACUUGAAGUGUGGCCCCAUCACUGCCACGACAAGAGCCAUUUUUGAGCGCAAGCUCGCCAGGACUCUAGUGGAGAAGGCUGGACUUACUGAGCCUGAUGGCAGCAGUGGGAACAGUGCCUCGUUGGAAGGCUCUGGGAGUGUAGUGCCACCCAGUGCCACAUCAGCAACCCCAGAUCCGGUCAUAGGCGAGGAUGGAGAUUUUGGGUACGGCAUGGGCCUCAACCCGCCGGAGGAGGAAGCUCUGAGCGGAACGGUGUGCCCCGGUAAUGUGGAGAAUUCACAGUUGGAGGCACAGACUCCCUCUAAAACUGCACAGGUGUCGCCCACCUUCUUCUAUGGGGUGUGCCCAUUGUGGGAGGAUGUACUGGCUAGGAAUGAGAGAGCCCACGUGUACACGGAUAAGAAAGAGGCUUUGCAGGCCGUUAAAAUGAUGAAGGGCGCUCGGUUUAAAGCUUUCUCCAAUCGUGAGGAUGCUGAGAAGUUUGCCAAAGGCAUAUGUGACUACUACCCUUCGCCUAGUAAAAGCAAUCUCUGUGUUUCUCCCGUCAAACCCGGCCUGGUGUUUAACAAAGACCACCCAUCUAUGAUGGAGGCAGACACAAUCAACAGGGAGAAGGCAAACAGUUUUAAAAGUCCUCGGACACAAGAUUUGACGGCCAAGCUAAGGAAGGCCGUGGAGAAGGGAGACGAGAUUGCCUUUACUGAGCUGGUCUGGAGCAACCCUCGUUACCUCAUCGGGUCAGGGGACAACCCAACUGUAGUCCAGGAGGGCUGCAGGUAUAACGUGAUGCAUGUGGCUGGGAAGGAGAACCAGUCAGGCAUUGUUCAGAUCCUGUUGGACACUCUAGAGAACCCAGAUUUCAUGCGUCUCAUGUACCCAGAUGACCAGGAGAGCAUGCUGCAGAAACGCAUCCGGUAUAUCGUAGACCUGUACCUCAAUACGCCAGAUAAAGCUGGGUUUGAGACGCCUCUCCACUUUGCGUGUAAAUUUGGCUGUCCAGAGGUGGUGAACAUACUCUGUUCUCAUCCAGACAUUGACAAGAACUGCAAGAACAAGUACAACCAGAAACCCUCUGAGGUCAUUUGUGAAAGAAUGAAAGAAAAGGGUAAAGUUCAGGAGGUCAAACAGAAGAUAAAGGAAUAUUUAGAAGAUCGAUUAUACAUCCCCUUAUUGAGAGCCACUGAUAAUUCCUCCCAGCCUGUUAUUGGUGCACCUUGGUCCCCUGAGCCAAUGGAAAACCUGUCACCACGGUUACCCAGAAGCCCAAAGGAUCCAGUUAUGGCAGUCAGAGCCUUUGCUGGGCCUUUAAGUCCAUCUAAAGCGGAUGAGUUCAGACGGGCGUGGAAGACUCCUCCCAGAGAACGGGCAGACCAUUUCCACAACAUCUUAAAGUCUGACCCAGACCGUGGGGCAGAAAGAGUUGGCAGAGAUCUGGCCCAUGAGCUCGGUCAUCCCUGGGCAGAGUACUGGGAUUUCCUGGAUAGUUUUGUGGACUUGCAGUCAGCUGACGGCCUAAAAGUGCUUGAAGAAUACCUCAGUAAAAAGGACUUCAGGGAGCGCGCUCAUGAGGAGGCUGGAGAGAAUGAAACCAGCAACAGGUUUAAAACCCCAUCUCCUGGCAAACUGAAGAAGUUCUGCAACUCCAUCUCUGUGGGGGCAUUUCUGGAUGAGGGUGAUGACAUCAGCCUGGAGGAGAUCAAGAACAGGCAGAAUGCUGCACUCACCAGUAUUUCUUCUGUGAACUCCAAAGAUGGCCUGCAGGGGGCGGUAGGGGGCCUUGAAUUUCACAUCCUACCAGUUUCCCACAGUGCUGACCUCAUAGAGGCAGCGGCAGAGCAAGAUUUACUGCUCUCUGAGAAAUCCUUGAUCUCCAGCAGUAAAAAUGGCCUGUGCGAACAGGGCCCCGGGGACAGGACACCAAACGAGGACAAAAUGUCUCCUCGCAUCUGCGGUUCCUCUAAUUCCUGCAUGCUGUCACCCAUCUCAAAUCUAAUGGCUGAGUUUGAGAGGAUGUCUCUGUUGGAUGAGCCAGAGAGGACAAACAGGGAGAGAAGAAGAAGUGGAGGGAAACGCCACAGAGACGCCCAGGCCACAGAGCUCACCUCCGGACUGGGCCGGCUCUCACUGUCCUCAGAAGAUGACUCUGUGUUUGAGAAAGACAGGACGUCUGUGUUACGAGCAGCUGAGAAGGAUGGAGUGGAGAGAAUAAAUGAAGUAGAUGGGAGGUCCAGUGCAAGUUCAGAUGAAUUCUUUCUGGCCAGUGAGAGGUUAGAGCUUCUGAACCAACAGACUAUAGAGACUUCAGGGGGUGAGCGCACAAUAUGUGCCAGGUCAAAGUCCUGGGAUCAUGGGGGAAGAGACCUCAGCUCCUCAGGGUCUUCUAGCUCUUACAGAUCACUUGACAGCUCUCAGGACUUCAUACUGCGGACCCCUCCCAGAGUGACGAAAAGACUCUUCAUUGAAGGUGAUUCACCCAGCAAUUUGGACAGAGAGGUUUUGUCAGCUUUAGGAGUUACAGAUGUUGACCCUCUGAAGUAUCCCAGCGUUCACAAAUGGAAGAGCACAAUUCAGGCCUUCUCCCACUUAGAAAUGCAAAGCUGGCAGACUUCUGCAAUGCACAAGAGCCAUUUAAGGGCUCACUCAGUCACCCCUGGCUCUCCAGCGAGUGGUUUGCUGUCCCCCGCGGGCCGUUUCAGCCCAGCUCGUCACAUGGGCUCACCGGACGUCUGCAGCCCCGGACGCUACAGCCCAGCACACUCCAGUUACAGUCCCGCUCAUUCAAACCACAGCCCUGUCAGCUACAUCCAACGUAUCCGGCUAAAACAUUUCGGCGACACCCCCAUUUAACAAACGCUCUCCAUCCCGUUCAACCCCACCGACAGUUUCUACUGAUUAGUACCUGAAAAAAAAAAAAAAAAAAAAUCCAGGUGGGCUGUUUCAGAGGAUGGAACAUCACAGAGGAGAACAAUGUCAUAAUGGAAGCCAUGAAAUCCGCUCAAACUGGGUUCUUAGUGCCAGGCAAACCGCAGAUAGGAUCUCGCAACAGGCCGUCCUUCAGUUUGAAUGCUCCUUGGUUCAUAGAACACAGCUCAAAUAAUAAUAUGCACAUCUCCUGUGGGUUUUUGAGUCAUCAUAUAUAUAUAUAUAUUCGGUACUUCUGUGUAUGACGCAGAGUAUGUUGAUCUGUGAUGGACUUUUCUAACUUGGUUUUGUUUUCCGUUUUCUUUAUUAUC